GCAUAUCGAUGAUAAAGAACUAUCGUCAUUUUCAGCAAGCCGGUGGUCGCAGUUGUGCGCGCGCGUUCAUCACGCUUCAAUUUCUCGUCAAAUAAAUUGUGAUUUGAAAAAGUGUUGCUAUUCAAACAUGGUGAAAAUCUCUCUGACGUGGAAACAAUAUUGCUGUCCUAAACGUCAGUUUACCAAGUCGACUACCAUCAGCUCCUACUCAACAUAACAAGAAACUUCUCUGCAACAACAACACCAACUCCACUCGAACAGCAACUAAAAAAACAACACAACUACAGCUACAAGAAGAAGAGGAACAACUGCAGCUGCCAGAGGAAAAACCCCAAUUCAAGCUUUUCAUUUGAGUGCAACAAGCGGAGUUCACAACUUUCCCAAUCAGAAGUUUUUCCCAAUCAGAAGCUGCAAGCUGUAAACAGUUAGCUAGUUGAGAGAGAGAGAGAAAGUGAUAGUAAGAGGGAGCGGGGGAGAGAGCUAGAGCGAGAGAGUAGCAUUUUAAUAACUUAUUAUUAUUAUAAAUAAUAUUUUAAUCAGUAUUUAGUGUUUUGUGUUUAGGCUUACGUAAUUUAUUGCAUACUUUUAGGCAAGCCGAGCUGAGCAUUGCUUCAGCUCGAGAGGGAGGCUCAAAUUAACCCUAGGGGUUCGUUCCAUUAACACGAACAGUUUUCGGUUGGUUUGUUAUUUUUUUUGUGUCCAUAAACGCGGCUGUACUUUAAUUUUCAUUAUGAAAAUAACAACAAUGAAGUCUAAGCGCAAAUAUGGCUGUUUAGAAAAUAUUUGAAAAGAAUUUUUCAAUUAUUAAUAAUUAAGAUUAUUUUUCGUAUAUCAUUUAUUAUUGUCGAAUUGUAUUUUAUAGUUUCUUUUGCACUCAAAUUCCCCAACAUUUUUCAUUUCCUCUGCACAACAAAUCGGUUCAAGUUAAGGUUCGACGAACAGACAGACAGACAGACAGACAAGAGGCAAGAGCUGUUUUGUUGUUUUUGUUAGUUGAAAGUGAGUUUUUGGUCGCGUCUCUAAGAAGUACAACAAUUUAAUUAACCAACUAUGGAGAGUUAUUCGCCGGAUUUGCUAUGGAUGGUCAUUAUCGGCUUUCUGAUUGCAUUUGUUCUGGCCUUCGGCAUCGGAGCAAACGAUGUGGCCAACUCCUUUGGCACCAGCGUCGGCUCUGGCGUUCUAACCAUACGUCAGGCCUGCGUUUUGGCCACGGUCUGUGAAAUUUCGGGCGCAGUUUUAAUUGGCUACAAGGUGUCGGAUACGAUGCGGAAGGGCAUACUUGAGGUGACUCUGUACGAAGGCGCCGAGGAGGUGCUUAUGUUGGGCUGCAUGUCGGCGUUGGCUAGCAGCGCCAUAUGGCUGCUGGUGGCGACGUUUCUAAAAUUGCCCAUUUCUGGCACGCACAGCAUUGUCGGGUCCACAAUUGGCUUCUCGCUGGUGGCACGCGGCGUCCAGGGUCUGAAGUGGACAACGCUGUGCACCAUUGUCGUAUCGUGGUUCAUUUCGCCGGUGAUGAGCGGCUUGGUGAGCAUUCUACUGUUUCUGACCAUACGCCGAUUCAUAUUGCGCGCCCAGGAGCCAUUGAAGGCGGGCUUCCGUUCGCUGCCCAUCUUCUACGGCGUCACGUUCUUCAUCAAUGUCAUCAGCGUGAUCCUGGAUGGUCCCAAGUUGCUUUAUAUGGAUAACAUACCCACUUGGAUAGCGUUGACCGUCAGCGUGGGCUUGUCCCUGCUGGUGGCGCUGCUGACGCAGCUGGUGGUGGUGCCGCUGCAGCGGCGCUCCAUUGCCAAGAAGCUACGUGCACAGAAUCCGGUCAAGUUCAAUUUCGAGGACUCUGUGGAAUCCUCGCCGUCCGGCAGCCCCAAGAAGCAGCGCCGUCCGCUUUCGCUUGUUAGUGAGGGUAAACCACUGCCGGCUAUUGCCGAAAUCACCGAGCUGGUCUCGCUUAGCGACAAUUCGCCGAAGACCUUUAAGCUAGCGCCUUACGGCCUCGCGGCCAAAAACAACAAUGCGACUGCCGAGGACUACAAAAUCGAUCCCGAAAUCAUACGCAAGGCUGAGGAUCUGCUGGGCAAGGCCAGCCUCGAUAAUCCCGAUCUGACUGUCACCAGCUUGAACUACAUCGACGAGCAGCAGAAUUUACAGCACCAGCAAAACGGACGCAAACUUCAGGAGUGCUUCAAGCGUGUCCAGUCACCCAAGGAGGAGCACAAGUCGCAGCAACUGGUUACGAGUGCAGCAGCUGGCAGUGCGAAUCCAAAUGCCACCGGCAGUCCAAAUGCCACCGUCACCAAUAACAAUCUGCAAGUGGUGAAAAGUGCUGGCAGUCUGGACCUAAUGAUCAGCACCACCUUGUCGCCGAAUUCCAGCAAGGUGCCGCUUAUCGAGAGCAAGGAGGCGCUCAACGAGCAGGAGGAGGAGUUUAAGCGUGCAGCCGGACGACGUGCCAGCAGCAACGAGGAAACGCAGGAGGUGUCCAUGCUCUUCUCAUUUCUGCAGAUACUGACGGCCACCUUUGGCAGCUUUGCGCACGGCGGCAAUGAUGUUAGCAACGCCAUUGGACCACUUAUCGCCCUUUAUAUGAUCUAUCGCGAGGGCUCGGUUAUGCAGAAGGCUGAAAGUCCCAUUUAUAUUUUGAUCUACGGUGGCAUUGGCAUCUCCGUGGGUCUCUGGCUGUGGGGACGGCGGGUCAUCGAAACCAUUGGCAACGAUUUAACAAAGAUCACCUCAUCCACUGGCUUCACCAUUGAAGUUGGCGCCGCGAUCACCGUACUGCUGGCCAGCAAGAUUGGUUUGCCCAUUUCGACGACACAUUGCAAAGUCGGUUCGGUGGUCUUUGUGGGUCAUGUGAGUGCCGCGGGCCGCAAGAAGCAGCGUCAGGAGCACGAAAAGGAGCUGGGACCGCAGCCGGAGGUGACAGGCGCACAGGACACUGUGCCCGCCCCGAUGGAGGAUGGCAGCGUCGAUUGGCAUCUGUUCCGGAACAUUGCAUACGCCUGGAUAGUCACCGUGCCGGUAACCGCAUUGCUCAGCGCCGGCAUGAUGUACGUGCUCUGCGCCCUAGUUGUGGACGAUAUGGGUCAGGGUUAGGGCAAACACUUCAUUGAAUUAUUAAUUGUAAAAGCAAACUAAUGUUUCGUAAUUGUACCAGUUGAUUAAUGAAAAACUAACUAAAAGACAACAAGAAAGAAAGAAAAACUAAAAACAAAACACCUUAAAUCUAAACUUAACAAAAUUACUCACCUAACUAUGCAAAAGUAAUGGAACAUGAAAAUGGAAAAUGGAAAAGCAAAGCAUUUUACUUAACGUCUGAACAUAACUGAUAUUGGUAUUGAUAUUGUUUAUAUACAUACGAUAUUGUAAACAUUUAAACAUAGCACUUUUCUUAUUUUCCCAUUCAUUUUGUAUGCCCAAAAUUUGAUUUGAUGUACGCCUUUUCUUAAGUCCAAAAUUUAAAUGCUCCGCAUUUUUGUUAUUGUGGGAUGUCCGGUGCAAUUGUUUAAUGCAUUAAAAUUAAAACACAAAUUGUUUAAAUUCCUUUUGGACAGCUUAAAAAGAGUAUUUUACAUUUUAUACAUUUCAAAGCAAUAGAGCAAAACACUUAUGAAUAAAAUACAAACUACUACAAGAAA